AGUCUCGAUCGAAGCAAAUAUAUAAAUAAAAUCUGUCUCGAUCAGAGCCGUCAUCCGAAUCUUCUCCCGCUGCUGACCGUUUCAAUUCAACCCGUUUGUUGCCCUAAUCUCGCUCGAUUAUACCGAUCAAGCUAUGCGUUGCUCGACUCUGCUCGAUCGACUCAAUCGCCUGCGACUCCGAAACCCUACUUUCUUCCCAACUACGGAGCUCCACCAGCAUUCGCUCGCCAUCGAAUGCCAUUGCAUUUAUAUUGAUCACAAUGCCGCAGGGCGAGAAGUCUCGAUCACUGACGAAAAACUGAUGCCCCGAUCGGCUUGGGCUCUUCAUGGGUAACAACUGCGUCGGGCCGAGCGCCAACAUUCCGGGCUUCUUCCAAUCUGUCUCCGCCGCACUCUCCCGUUCUCGUCUCACCGGAGCACGCGAAUCCGUCCCUGACCCCGUUCCUUCCUCAUCCAAUGAGGCGACGAAGGAUGAAUUGGCCCACAAGCCCCCUGAACCUAUCAGAAUACCUGAAGGCGAGAUCAAGUCUCGGCCUCCACGGCCACGGCCACGGCCACCACCACCACCGCCUCCGCCACCGCCUCCUCCGCCGUCUCUAUUGCUGUCCCAAUCCCCGGAGGAAUCAACACGGGCAACGACAAUGGAGGAGGAAACCAAACUCCCAGAACAGUCAAAAGAUAGAAGGAAACCUAACUUCGUGAAGCGAAUUUGCAGCGCUGGCCUGCAGACGGAUUCCGUUCUCAAGCGCAGGACGGGGAAACUCAAGGACUUAUAUAGCAUCGGCAGGAAGCUUGGGCAGGGGCAGUUCGGUACCACUUACCUCUGCAUUGAGAAAGCGACGGGGAAGGAAUUUGCGUGCAAAUCUAUAGCGAAGCGGAAGCUUCUGACUCCAGAGGAUGUCGAGGAUGUCCGCCGUGAGAUCCAGAUUCUGCACCACUUGGCUGGUCACCCAAAUAUCAUCUCAAUUAUUGAUGCUUAUGAGGAUGCUGUGGCUGUGCAUGUUGUUAUGGAGUUAUGCGCCGGUGGAGAGCUUUUUGAUAGGAUUAUUCAGAAGGGACAUUACACGGAGAAGGCUGCGGCAGAGCUUGCCAGGGUUAUUGUUGGUGUUGUCGAAGCCUGCCAUUCUUUAGGGGUGAUGCACAGGGAUCUCAAACCGGAAAAUUUUCUCUUUGUCAAGCGGACGGAGUCGUCGCCUUUGAAGAUGAUUGAUUUUGGGCUAUCAAUUUUUUUCAAGCCUGGGGAUGUCUUUACUGAUGUUGUUGGGAGCCCAUACUAUGUAGCACCUGAAGUGCUGCGGAAGCAUUAUGGACAAGAAUCAGAUGUCUGGAGUGCUGGAGUUAUGAUUUAUAUUUUCUUGAGCGGUGUUCCUCCAUUUUGGGAUGAAACAGAGCAGGGAAUCUUUGAGCAAGUUUUGAAAGGCGAACUUGAUUUCUCAUCUGAGCCAUGGCCUGGAAUUUCGGAAGGUGCGAAAGAUCUAAUUAGGAAAAUGCUUGAGAGGGAUGUAAAAAAACGUCUGACUGCCCAUGAAGUUUUAUGCCAUCCCUGGGUCCGAGUUGAUGGAGCUGCCCCUGAUAGGCCUCUUGAUUCUGCUGUUUUAACUCGAUUAAAGCAAUUUGCUGCCACAAACAAGCUCAAGAAGAUAGCCCAUAGGGUUAUUGCUGAGAGCUUGUCAGAAGAAGAAAUUGCUGGUUUGAAAGAAAUGUUCAAGAUGAUAGACACAGACAAUAGUGGUCAAAUCACUUUCGAGGAACUCAAGUCUGGUUUGGAAAGAGUUGGCGCUGAUCUCAAAGAAUCUGAAAUUUUAGAUCUCAUGGAAGCUGCUGAUGUGGAUAAUAGUGGCACUAUUGAUUAUGGAGAGUUUAUUGCUGCAACAUUGCAUCUAAACAAAGUUGAGAGGGAUGAUAAUUUGAUUACAGCAUUUCAAUAUUUUGAUAAAGAUGGCAGUGGCUAUAUCACUCAAGAUGAGCUCCAACAAGCUUGCGAGGAGUUUGGCGUAGAAGAUAUCCAUCUUGAAGAAAUGAUUCGAGAAGUAGAUCAAGAUAAUGAUGGAAAGAUAGAUUACAAUGAAUUUGUGGCCAUGAUGCACCAUGGGAAUACUGCCUUGGGCAGAAAGAGCCACCAUAAUAACUCGAGCUUCAGUCUUCACGAGUCAUGGAACUGAUUAUGUACAGUAAGCUCUCUCAGCUUUCCUUCCUCAUCUCAUCGCUCUGCGACUUUGUAAAAAUUGAGUUGAAAAAGCUCGGUAUAUUGGCCGAGGUUUGUAAACAUGACAAGACUGAUAAAGAAUGUUAUAGAUUCUGCACAUCAUUUUCAACAUGAAGUUUUGAAAUAAGUUGGGCUUUCCUGCCAUUUUCUUGUGUCAUCCUCUCUUUUGGUACCUGUAGUAUAAAUA